AUGAAUUGCCCUACAUUUAAAGUAUCCGUUGGUUUCCCAGUAUUUGGUGUUGGUUUUACAUCUAACAAUCAGCUUAUAUUAACUGGAGGAGGAGGAGCUUCACGUUCAGGCGUUAAGAAUAAAUUAGUUUCUUAUAAGAUUGAAUCUCGUCGUAAAGAAUUAGAAGAAGAUGCUUCUUUUGAAUUUGAAAUGAAUGAAGAUGCACCCAUGAGUUUAGAUGUUCAUCCUUCCAAACCUUUCGUUGUUGUUGGUGUCAAUGAGUCAGAAGAGAAUAUAAAGAAGAGCAUAAAUAAUAAUUGUCGCGUAUUCAAGAUUUUAGAUGAUAAAUUUGAAUUAUUAAAAAGUUUAAAUACAUUGGAAAGUAAAAAAAUGGAGGAUUACCAGAGAGUCAUUCGUUUCAGUCAAGAUGGUACUUUAUUUGCUACAGGAACUACAGAUGGAAAAGUAAAUGUGUUUACAUAUCCUGAAUACGAGCCUCUUUCAAAGCCAAUGAUUAUAUCAACUGAUGAUGAAAUCUUGGAUGUAGAUAUCAACUUGGAAAAAGAAAAGUUAACCUGUGUAUUGAGAGAUGCUUUGAAAUUAGUUAAUCUUCGUGGUAAAAAUACAGGUCAAAUUGUACAAGUAAUUUCCAGUUCAAAUAUAGUUAAAAACAGUAUCACGCAUUUUAGAGCAUUUAGGUAUGGGCGUGGAUAUACAAAAGAAUUUGGAUUUGCGGUAUUAAAUGGAAUCACUAAGCCAGGUGCUUAUAUUGUUAAAUAUGAUGCUUAUUCUUUAGAGCAAUUAAAGGUCGUUAAAGUUAGUAAUAAGCCUAUUACUGCUUUUACUCUUAGUCAAGAUGGAGCCGUAUUAGCUUUUGGAAGUGCAGAUUUAAGUAUUACUCUUUUAGAUGCUCAGACAUUCAAGGUAUAUGAAAAAAAAGAAGGAUGGAUAUUAUUUGUUACAUGA